AUGUUUGGCGGUGUAUGUGGCGAAAUGUUUGGCGGAAUGUUUGGCGGCUACAUCGGUCCUGCAUCACCGGUUAGGAAGACAAGACGUCCACCCAUUACUUACCCUCGACGACCUCCCACAAGCACCCCGGCACACACGGACGACGACAGCAACAACCCGGGAUUGCCAUGUCACAAAACUAUGGAGACGACGUGGCAGAUGUGCCACGUCGUCCAGACAGUGACAACGCAUGCCGUCUUCGCUGUCCAGGUUGUUCAGGUAAGUGCCUACGAACGAGCCCUACACCCACAAACAAAUGACGAGCGCCCAGGACACGACGACCCCGCCCACGAAUGCAAACGACCGCCCACAAACGAAGACGACCGCCCACAAACCAACCUGUCGAAACGAGCACAAAGAGCAGGCGUGAAAGGGCAUGUUGAGGAUAGCCACAAUGAGAGGGUGGGUAUGCAAGCACCACGACCCAAGAACCCACCAUGUAUCAUUCCCCACAACGUCGACUUCCACCAACGGACCUCGCCUCGCAGACCAACCCUGCCUAUGCUGUCAAAAUCCUGGGGUGAAGUUGCCAUUCCCCUGAUCUUCCGAUCCUCGCAAGGACGCACGGCAGUGUCAAUUGACACUCGCACUGCCCUUGCGAGGUUCAUUGGUCAUUUAUGGAGGCAUACCCUCCUGCAGCCCAAAAUUGGCUACAAUCACGCCGGAACUCCCGUUGCCACCUGUUGCAACCAGGUUGCCACCCUGGAUGGGACCAAAAUUGUAACCAAAAACUCUUUGGUUGCUCCUAAUUAUAACGGCAAUUUUGAUAGGAACGUCCACAACAAGUUAGAACCGGUUGUUGUUGCUGCUGAUGACGUGUUGAACGUUGAGGAGAACCAAGGAAGAUUGAAGAUGGAUCACGCAUCCCCAUUGCCGACAGUCCUUAAAGUCGACAGGGCAUCCGAUUAUGGAGCGGAAAUUCACUGGUCUGAUCGUCGCAGACAGAAUCUCUCACUUCCCAUAUCGAAACUCCCCUCCGAGAUUCUCUCCAGUAUCUUUUUUCUGGGAGUAUUUUUCAUGGAUUCGCCAUGUCCUGCAGCUGUUGCUACACGGCUUUCUCAAGUCAGCCACUCUUGGCGCAUGGUGGCACUUGGAUGCUCCUCGCUUUGGGGUCGCGUUAUUGACUUCGCCCGUGCCGCGCCUGAAUGGACAGAAGAGCUUCUGCGGCGCGUAGGAGAAUCUCCUAUCGACUUGAACUUGCAAUCCGAAUCCCUCAAAAAUGAGACCCUCGCCAGAGCACUUCAACACUUGCGUCAAGCGCGAAUUUUCAGCUUAUUCCGGUGGCCAUCGUCAUCAGAUGUGGACUCUAUCUUGACUACUUACCUCGCUCAGCAAGCACCACAUGUAGAACAAUUCAUCCUUCGGUUUAUGGGAGCGAGAGCGACGUCAUUCUUACUACCCUCCAAUUUCGGGGAAUGCUUGCCUUCACUUCGCCUUCUUGAGCUGCAGGGGUGCAACGUCGACUUCCGUCUGCCCUUGUUCCAGCGACUGGAAAUUCUGUUCGUCUACGACAUAAAAGAUCAUAGAGCGCCAACGGCUGCUAAAUGGCUAGACAUAUUGGCGAAUAUGCCUUUACUCGCCAGAGUUUGGAUCGCAUCGGCGACUUCUGAUGUUCAUGAGAACAUACUCUCAACUGCCCAUCUUCCAAACCUGAAGAAACUCUCCCUUUCCUCAUCCCUGCUUGUUUCUGCCGCCAUUAUAUGCAAUCUUAUCCACCCAGAUACCACAAAUGUAGCCCUUUUUUGCACCGACGCGACUUCAGGCGUUGAUCUCGAACGUCUCUUCGUCAAGCUUUCGCGUCAUAUGUCACUAUCGAAUUCUCGGAGCCACAACCCAAGCAUUGACGUGACAAUUAAAGGAAUGUGCAUCAGCGUCAGAAAUUGGUGGGGCUACGGAUGUUUGGCAGAAGGGAGGGUAAGCAUAGCACUGAAUCAUAUGUCGGACAUGACUCGGCAUCCUCUCAUUGCUGCGAUCAUCGCCGCAUUCGGAAGUAUCUUUCAAGAAGCAACAUCGUUGGAGUUCGAGAUGGGACUUGACCUCACUGUUUCUGAUUCGGAGGAGUCUCUACUACUUGACCUUCUACGCAAGUUUGAAAGGGUGGAGCUGUUGAGCUUUCCCUUCGAUUGGCGCAUAUUCGCCGUUCUGCAACGAACCCAUAGGCCUUUGACGGUCAGCCCAUUCGAUGUUAGCAAAGCUGAAGCUGAACGGGAUAUACGAAUUCUAUUUCCAUUGUUGCGAAAACUGAGGUUUUGGAGCAUAUUUGAUGUCGACUGUACGCAAGUCUUUCAGAACUUGAUACCCAUUCUUCGCCACCGCUCAAGUAUUGGCGCGAGUAUCACGACUCUUUAUCGGGAGGACUUCAAAUUCGACGUCCAGCAGACUAGGUUGUUAAAGGAACUCGGACUGCAGGUUUACAACUACAUGGACGAUGAGAAUGAAGUAUAG